AUGAAGAAACAGAAGAGUUUUAUCCAGGAUUCUUUGGUGAAUUUAGCGAAAGAACGCGGUAUCGAUCUUAUCAAGAUCGACACCGACAAGCCGUUGGUGGAUCAAGGUCCUUUUGAUUGUGUGCUUCAUAAGUUGUACGGGGAAGAAUGGAGGAAACAACUCCGGGAAUACUUGGUUUAUAACCCUAACGCUAUUGUAGUCGACUUUCCGGAUGCAAUCGAGCGGCUACACAACCGGAUUUCGAUGCUCGACGUUGUGUCGGAGAUUGAAGAGGUGAAAAGCGAUGAGAUGGCGUCGUUUGGGAUACCGAAACAGAUUGUGAUAUACGAGCCGGAGAAGUUGAAAGAGGCGAAGACGUGGGGCGAGGGUUUGAAGUUUCCGGUGAUUGCAAAACCCUUGGUGGCGGACGGGAGCGCAAAAUCGCAUAAGAUGUUGUUGAUUUUCAGUAGCGAGGGUUUUGAUAAACUGAAACCCCCUACUGUUCUGCAGGAGUUUGUGAACCACGGCGGGGUUAUCUUCAAAGUGUAUGUCGUCGGGAAGUAUGUGAAAUGCGUGAAACGGAAAUCGUUGCCGGACAUUGCAGAAGAGAAAUUGGAGAGUUUGCAUGGUUCUUUAUCAUUCUCUCAGGUUUCUAACCUGACUUCACAUGACAGAAACGAUGAUAAGUACUAUAAGAGGAUGGAUUUGGAAGAUGCAGAGAUGCCACCUAUGAGUCUGAUAACCAACAUUGCUCGUGGAUUGCGUAAGGCAAUGAAACUGCACCUCUUCAAUUUCGAUGUCAUCAGGGAUACCAAAGUUGGGAACAGAUACCUUGUGAUUGACAUCAACUACUUCCCAGGAUACGCUAAGAUGCCUGGUUAUGAAUCUGUUCUUACUGAUUUCUUCUGGGAUGUGUUGAACAAGAAAGAAGCUAGGUCUUUCAACAGCGACAAAGAGUUAAUGAAGUUGGUGGACAACAAUGGUGCAGGGUCUGAUAAUGAAUCUUCUGCAUAA